AUAGAGUGUGUUUUCAACCCACCAAUCACAAGUCUAAAAAUCCAACCCUCUCUCCCACUAACUUUUUCAUCCAGUCAAUCUCUUCACCACCUCCCUUCGUAACCAAACCAUCUCUACUCUAACAACUCAUUUUCCCCUUUCCAUCAACUUCUUCUAUUUUUUUCACAGCAACAAAAAACCCCUCAAAAUUCAAAAAACCCAUCUCUUAAUUUAUCAAAAUUCAUUAAAUUUUUGGUUAUUAGGGUUUGGGUUUUGAAGAAUUUUGGGUUUUAUUUUAUAAUAUGGCAGCUGCAAGUGGAUUUGCCACCUCUGUUGCAGGUGUAAAAACAAUGGAGUCGUUGAUUCUUAAGACAUGUUCUUCGUCAACAAAUUAUUCUCUUUCUCAAUUCCGGGUUUUUUGUAAACCAAUUGUUAAUAAUAAUAGAAGAAUUGUUAAAAGAGGUGUUUCUUUGAACCCUCGAUGUGAUGUUGUUUCUGCCGAAAGUUUGGAUCUUGAGAAUAAGAAUGAUGCUAGGGCUUCCAGUGUUUCUGCUCUUGAACAGCUUAAGAAUUCCGGUGUCGACAGGUACUCAAAGGAAAAGAGCAGUAUCGUGGUUGUUGGGCUAAGUGUUCACACCGCACCAGUAGAGAUGCGUGAGAAACUUGCCACUCCAGAAGCUGAGUGGCCUCGAGCCAUUGGAGAACUUUGUGGCUUGCAUCAUAUUGAAGAAGCUGCAGUUCUUAGUACUUGCAACAGGAUGGAGAUAUAUGUUGUGGCUCUAUCUUGGCAUCGUGGACUUAGAGAAGUUACUGAAUGGAUGGCAAAGACAAGUGGGAUUCCUGCUUCAGAGCUUCGUGAGCAUCUGUUUAUAUUACGCGACAACGAUGCUACACAACACUUAUUUGAAGUAUCAGCAGGGCUUGACUCUCUUGUUCUAGGAGAAGGACAAAUCCUGUCUCAGGUAAAACAAGUUGUCAAAGUCGGUCAAGGAGUUCCAGGAUUUGGGAGGAACAUCAGUGACUUGUUCAAACGUGCCAUCACUGUUGGCAAGCGAGUUCGUACUGAGACCAACAUUGCAUCUGGGGCAGUUUCCGUUAGCUCAGCUGCGGUCGAGCUUGCCUUGAUGAAGCUUCCAGCGUCAUCAUUACCCACAACCAGAAUGCUGGUAAUUGGUGCUGGCAAAAUGGGAAAGCUUGUGAUCAAACACUUGGUAUCUAAAGGGUGCACCCAAAUGGUUGUUGUUAACAGAUCCGAGGAAAGAGUUGCCUUAAUCCGUGAGGAAUUCGAUAGUGUGGAUAUUAUUUAUAAACCUCUCACUGAGAUGAUUACCUGCGCUUCUGAAGCUGAUGUGAUCUUCACCAGUACUGCAUCUGAUAUUCCACUAUUCAUGAAGGAGCAUGUCGAGGGACUUUCUCCCGUGGGUCCAGAUGUUGGGGGAUUAAGACUCUUCAUUGAUAUAUCUGUUCCUAGGAACGUAGGAUCCUGCGUCUCGGAACUAGACGAUGCAAAAGUCUACAAUGUCGAUGAUCUUAAGGAAGUCGUGGCUGCUAACAAGGAAGAUCGACAUCGAAAAGCUAUGGAAGCCCAGGUAAUUAUAUCUGAUGAAUCCAAACAGUUCGAAGCCUGGAGGGAUUCUUUAGAAACGGUUCCCACCAUCAAGAAACUGAGGGCUCUUGUGGAGGGAAUUAGAGUGUCAGAGUUAGAAAAAUGCCUUGCGAAGAUGGGGGACGAUAUUCCUAAGAAAACAAGGAGAGCAGUGGAUGAUCUUAGCCGUGGUAUAAUGAAUAAAAUCCUUCACGGUCCAAUGCAGCAUUUAAGAUGUGAUGGAAGUGAUAGUAGAACUCUUGGUGAAACCCUUGAAAAUAUGCAUGCACUUAACAGGAUGUUCAGCUUGGAAACUGACAUAUCUAUAUUUGAACAGAAAAUUCGAGCCAAGACAGAACAAUCUCAAAAGUAAGUUCUUCGUCAUCUUUUUUCAAUUUCUUGAUCUCGGAUAAGAGGAAGAAAAAAACUCCUCAUUUACAUUCAUAUUCUUCAAUUCGUUUAGAGAGAUUAUGGUUGAGGAUCUUCUUCGUCGGUUCAUAUAGCAAUUGUUGUACACAAGCUUCUCUCCUGGCUGUCAUACGGGUCCCAAUUUUUCUUAAUUACUAUGUUUAUACUGUAACGUAAUGGUCAUCUGGCUUAGUAACAAUAUAGAUAGAGAAUUUUCUAGGUGAGCCUAAUCCUUGUAUCGAAUGAUAUGUAAUUUACCUCCCCAAAGUUACUUGGAACUGGAUGGCUAGGGUUUGAACAAAGUUGUUAAUUUUGUAAUUAUUCUAAUUGUUUGUCUCGAUUUUGAUCUUUAUGGGUUCAUAUUUCCAGGGAUGUUUUGUAUUGACAAUUUGU